AUGACUGCUGAACAUACCCUUGGCAAAUAUUUCACAUUGAAUGAUGGGAAUUCCAUUCCACUAGUAGGGCUUGGUACCUCCAGGGAAAUGGAAGACGUCGUUGAAAAAAGUUUAGCUAGGUCUAUUGGAGUCUCUAACUUUAAUCAACAACAAAUACAAAAUAUAAUACAGAAAUGUAAAAUACCCCCGGCUGUUCUACAGACAGAAUGUCAUGCAUAUCUACAAAUAAAAGGUCUUGUAAAAUUUUGUCAAGAUGAAGGAAUAUUUGUAAUAGCGUUUGCGCCAUUUGGAUCGCCAGGUCUCUCCAAGCACAAACCUUGGUACAAGGAAUGUGAUAUUCUCAAAGAUGAAGUAGUAUUAGAUCUUGCAAGAAAGUAUGGACGGACAUCUGCACAGAUUCUUUUACGGCAUCUCAUUCAGCGUGGUAUUGGAAUGAUUCCAAAGAGUUCCGAUGGUAUCAGAUUGAGAGAAAAUAUAAAUGUAAGAUGUUGUCAGAGGAAAAGAAAAUGA